AUUCGAUCGUUUGCUGUUUAGAACUUCUAAGAUAAAUGACCAGUUUUGGGUUGCUCCUGGCGACUUGUACCUGCACUGCACGUAUAUCCAGUGCGUUCACCUUUCAUGACCUUUACGAAUUCUAGGGUGAUCACUCAUUACCAGGUGAUGACACCAGGUGCUACAUCUCUGCAUAACAAUGAGGAUUAAUUUCAGCGUCGUGUCGAGUGGGCAGUGCAUGGUACAGCCAACAUCACCGUAGAUUUCUUCAACGGUUUAAGCGCCCACUCCACCUCUCCACAGGAACAUCUUGCUGUGUACCGUCGUGUCAUUUUGUGGCCCAGCCAUGGAUAAUCACAUGGAUGCUGCAGUCUUUUUGUUACUGCUCUUUGCUCUCAUGCCCGCCAUUUUCGCAUCGCCUCGACCUCUUAACAGCGUGCAUCGCACUGAAGCUGGCCGAAGAGUCAACGGAAGUAUGGGGUCCCUCAGACAACACCGCCCGUCCAACCGCGUGAAGUCUCAGGAUGGCUGUGGGCCCUACGAGUGGGCCUGUCUGUCUGGGGACGAGUGCAUCCGAUGGCAGUGGCAGUGUGACACCAUCGUUGACUGUGCGGACGGCAGCGAUGAAGACAUGUGUUUUGAGUGUGACACGGGUUCUCGCAAGAAAAGGCAGGCAACAGACAGUCAGCGUCCACCGUCUGUUAUAGUGAAAAACCUCGUUCCCUGGAAUUGGAUAUGUGACGGCAUUCGUGACUGUGUGGAUGGAAAGGACGAACGGAACUGCGAUUGUGGACAAGGCUUGUUUAGCUGCCUGGGUGCCAGUGGCGUCAUUUGCGUGUCCAACGACUGGAAAUGCGACCACAUUCUGGACUGCAAGGACCUCAAGGAUGAGUCCAUUGCAGAGUGCGGCCAACUUGAGUCUCGCUGCUGGGAGGGGGCGCUGGUGUGCGCGCAUGGGCAGUUCUGCGUGUGGCAGGAGUGGUACUGUGACGGUUCCAACGACUGCGGUGACGGUUCGGACGAGCCACCAAACUGCGAUCAGAAUAGCAACAUUGCGGGAACUUGGAAACCAACGACUCCUGUCCCAACGACCACCACCACUACCACCACCAUUGCUGCCACUACCCCGGCCCCUCCUGGCGUCUGGAGCAGCUGGACAGACUGGUCAGAGUGCUCGGAGCCCUGCGACGGAGAAAAGACCAGAACCAGGACUUGUCUGACCGUACGGCCGUGCGAGGGGCCGUCUUCCGACACUGUAACCUGUGGGGACCCACCGCCAUGUUACACCGAGCCUUUGACUGGUUGCGGUACCCGGCAGGUUAACGCGUAUGUCGGUUCGCACCGCAUCAUCGGGGGCAGCCCGGCCGUGACGGGCGCCUGGCCGUGGUUGGUCCAGCUGAAGAAGGUGAACACCAACGCGCCGUACUGCGGGGCAGUGCUGAUCGACAGCCAGUGGGUUGCCACGGCCGCACACUGUAUUGUCGGCAUGGGGUUUCAUCUGUACCCGGAAAUGUUAAAACUGCUGGUAGGGAAACACUACCUCACGGAGAACGCGUACGACCCGCACGAACAGGUGCGAACCGUUUCCGGCAUCAUCGUCCACUCCCAAUACAACCAGUACACCGUGAAGAAUGACAUCGCAUUGGUGAAGAUGAACCGACCCGUGGAGUUCGCCCAUGGAGGAAUCAACUUCAUCUGCCUGCCGGAGUUUGGUGAAAAAUUCAGCGAGCACUCCACCUGCUACACCGCCGGCUGGGGACUGACCGAGGAGAAUGCACAGUCCCAUGUCAUUCAGGAGGUCAAACUACCCAUCGUGCCUCACGCCACAUGUAACAAACCCUCAUCUUACAAUUCUUACGUCACCGACAAGAUGCUUUGCGCGGGAAAAAUGGCGGGAGGGGUGGACACAUGCCAGGGUGACUCGGGCGGUCCCCUGGUCUGCGAAAAGGCUGAUGGGAGAUGGUACUUGGUGGGCAUCACGUCCUGGGGUAGGGGCUGUGGUGAACCUAACUACCCAGGAGUGUACACCAAGGUGUCCGCGUACAUGGACUGGAUACGACUGAAGAUGGAUCAAAACAAAUGACGUGUACUAGACUUCAACCUUUGAAAGCAGUUCGAAGGGGCCGGGGAAAAUCCAGAUCCUUAUUAUUGAAAUAACCAAGUCUGACAUCAGAACAUUACCUAUGAACUAAGAUUUAGAUAGAAUACAUGUAUUUUGAAAGCAAUAUAGAGAUUGUCAAAUAUUUUCAAUUAUCUUGCAGCGUGCCAAAGUAUGGCGAAAAGAACAUGAUUUCGGCAAAACUGUAUGCUUGGACAAUAAUUCGUUGAAAUAAAGAAAGCCUAAUGUGAACAGCCAAUAUGUGUACAACAAUUGGUAGAAAAAUAUUCCAGGAUUUAUAAAAUGGACAUAAAUGUGUAUCUAUAUGCUCUACGAAUUUCGAUGCGUACCCAAAUCAAGUGCUACCUUUACCUCUGACUAUGUCCAUUAUGUGCGGUCAUCCUUUUUUAUUUCAUUUUACAUUGUUUUAUUUAAUUUUCUCUGAUCUCCACGUCCUGUCAAGUAUUUCAAUCUCUUUAUUUGCUAAAUGUAUGUCUUUAAAAAUUACACUGAUGUUUGGGAACAUA